CCCGAACUGAAACACACAGCAUCGAAAAGACUGAUGUCCAUACCCACACCUUCUUCCCUAUGUUUUCUGGCAAGAAUUCACGGAUUCACGUUGGAACAUGGAGGCUUGACUUGCUCCGAAGCUUAUUCUUUUAUUCGUCAUCUCAAUGUCACUCUGUUUUCCUCCAUCGGCAAUGUAACUCCCCGUAUUCAUCUGCAAAUCGGGGCUAUCCACUCCCAGGAAGAUGGAAUCAGUUGGUUUAUCACACCCCACGUGAUGGAGAGGACCAUCUGCAGAACACUGGAUAGAGGCAGUAAGGUGUUAUGCUUGCAGUUGUGGAAUUUAAAGUUACCAGAAGCUCAAGGAGUGCUUGUUUACUUUGUUCUGCUCUUGUGCUUUGCGUGUCAAGUUCCAGGGGCUAGCAAGAUUCGAUUAUCUUUGGCUGUACCCCCCUAUUCGGCGGGCGAACCGAUUUCUCUGUUCCCAAGAACGGCACAAGUCUGGAAGCUGGAAUUCGGGAAUCUUUUCCCAAGGACCACAUCCGUUUCACAUCGUUUUUUGGUAACCCAAUUACCAGCAUGCUUAUAGUACACUGUGAUUUGAUGGCUUGUUCGGAAGAACACCCUUUGCUUCUCUGCCGAGUGAAGAGCUGUAUUUCUCCACAAAUACUGCUCCAUCAAGAAUCUCGCCGAGCCGAACUACUUUCGCAAGUCAGUUGAACGGGUCCGCUCUCUAGCCACACUCAUCUCAUAAACUGGGCUGACAGGGGGCUUGAAUCGACACGUGGAAAGCAUUGUACUAAUUUGCAGCCCAGAUGCUGACUCCACAGUUGGACUUGGCAACCCCCGUUAAUCUAUCAUUGGCAUUUGAUGCCGGGCCCUGUCGUCCAAAGCUUCAUGGCACCAGGCAAGUGGCUGAAGCACUUCUUAUAAGUAUGCUGCUGGUCGCCAUGGCUUUUGAGAUCUUCACCCUCACCUUCACAUUCAUUUUUGCUUGUCUCUUUUAUCCUAACCUUCAGUCACUCGUUUCGACCAUGAAGUCCACUACUUUCAUUCUCGCGUCUUUGGCAGCAUUCGCUGGCCGUUGUGCUGCCGCUGGCGUUACUGGCUCCGCGCCUGGUUUUGCCAAAGGUACCACUGGCGGUGGAUCUGCUGCUGGUGCCUAUCCAAAGGACAUCAACCAGUUGAAGACUUGGCUUACAGAUUCAACUCCUCGUGUCAUUCUCCUCAACAAGGAGUAUAACUUCAUCGGUUCAGAAGGAAAGGUAACCGAGAAAGGCUGCCGACCUUCUUCCAACAAAUGUGUUGGAAAGGGAGGACAAGAUGCCAUUAACGGCGCCAACUGGUGCGCAGGCCAGCCCUCAGUCACUGUCACAUACGACAAAGCUGGUACAAAUGCCAUCAACCUUGGGUCCAACAAGUCCAUCGUAGGUGUUGGAGCCAACGCAGUCAUUCGUGGAAAGGGUCUCCGAAUCGCCAACGGAGCUAAGAACAUCAUCAUCCAAAACAUCCACAUCACCGAGCUCAACCCUCAAUACAUCUGGGGAGGUGAUGCCAUUACCCUCGCCGGCACUGAUCUCGUCUGGAUCGACCAUGUCAAGACCUCUCUCAUCGGCCGUCAACAUCUCGUCACCGGCGGCGCCGCCUCCAACCGUCUCACAGUCACCAACAACGAAUUCGACGGCUCUACCUCCUGGUCUGCAACCUGCGACAACCAUCACUACUGGGCUAUCUACUUCACCGGGGCCAACGACCAGGUUACCUUCGCCAACAACUACAUCCACCACACAUCCGGCCGCUCGCCAAAGAUGACCAAGGGCACGCUGAUGCACGCCGUCAACAACUACUGGUACGCCAACUCCGGCCAUGCCUUCGACAUCGGUGCUGGUGUCAGCAUCGUCGCUGAGGGAAACUCCUUCUACAACGUCAAGACCCCAAUUCUCGCCAACGCCGGAAAGCUGUUCGCUCCCUCCGCAUCCAACUCUGUUUGCAAGGCUAACCUUGGACACAACUGCGAGAGAAACAGCUUGGGAGGCAGCGGUAACUUCGUCGGCACUGAUACUAUCAUGUUGAGCGCGUUCAAGGGCAAGUCGGUUAUUGCUGCUACUGCCCCAAGAACCAAUCAGGCUCUUACUGCUGGUGUUGGAAAGAUCUAAAUUCCUUAGAAGUUGUUACGUCUGGUGGAGUCUGGGGAUGUGAGAGCAGAUGAUAGAGAGAAGGGAGAGAGAGGCCAGAGGGCAGUGGAUGUUGGUACCCCGCUAUGGUGCCAGGCAUAACUUGUAGACUACUUUAGCAAAAAUUUUGAUUGUACAUAUAUAAAUUCUUGAAGCUUCAGCUUCACAAACAAA